UUUAAUGUGGAGUCACAGCCUUAUGGCGCGGCGUGGGGACGGGGGAGCGGUCCGACGCCUGACCUGAACGGAGCUUUACUCUAUAAGAUAUUAUGGGAUUUCACGGCGUGGACGUGGGAGGCGAUGUGAUCCUCCGAAACACCUCCUCUCUGACCUCUUGAGCAGCUCACAAACCAGUGAAGGCUGGCCCUUGGACCAUCUCUUCAGGGGUCUUACACAUAAUUUUCCCUUCACUGAACUGGAAUGAAAAGACGCCAACCAUGGAGAAAAAGUCAUCUAAAGACAAAGACAGCCAGGAGCUGCCAAAGGUCCCCGUUCCCCCGCUGAAACAAACCCUCGACAUGUACCUGAAGUGUGUCCAACACCUGGUGAAGGAGGAGCAGUUUAAGAAAACUAAGACCAUUGUGGAGAAGUUUGGAGCUCCUGGAGGUUCUGGAGAGUUCCUUCAGAAGAAGCUUCAAGAGAGGAGGGACAAGACAACCAACUGGGUAUACGACUACUGGCUGGAGGAUAUGUACCUGAACAACAGGUUGGCCUUGCCGGUUAAUUCCAGUCCUGUCAUGGUGUUUCCGAAGCAAACAUUCAGAGAUCAUAAAGACGCCCUCAGGUUUGCUACUCGUCUCAUCAUCGGAGUGCUCCAGUACAAGGAUCUCAUUGAUGCGCGUGAGCUGCCGGUGGAUUUUGCCCGAGGCCAACUAGCCGGGACCCCCAUGUGCAUGGAGCAGUACAACCGCCUCUUCACCUCGUACCGAUACCCAGGACUGAAGACGGACACGCUGAAGGUUCACAUGAACACGGCUUCACCUGAGCCAGAGCACAUCAUCGUGGCGUGCAAAAACCAGUUUUUCGUGUUGGAUGUCGUCACCAACAAAGAGCAGCUCAAAGAGGCAGAGAUCUUUUCCCAACUGGAGAGAAUACUGAAGAUGGCAGAAAACCCUGGAGAUAAAGUUCCUGCUUUUGGUCUGCUCACAUCUGAUGGAAGAACAGAAUGGGCCCAAGCCAGAGAUGUUCUGACCAAAGAUCCUACCAACAGGGACUCUCUGGCCCUGAUAGAGUCCUGUUUGUGUCUGGUGUGUCUGGAUGAACCCAGUGGUCUGGAUCCCAGUGACACCAACAGGGCCCUGCUGAUGCUGCAUGGAGGAGGUCGAGACAGGAACGGGGCGAACCGCUGGUAUGACAAAAGCAUGCAGUUUGUUGUAGGAAUGGACGGGGUGUGUGGAGUGGUGUGUGAACACUCACCGUUCGAGGGUAUAGUUCUGGUGCAGUGCUCGGAAUUCCUGAUGAAAUACAUUAUAGGGAGCCCGUCCAAGAUGGCGACAUCGGCCAGUAUUAAACCACUUCCCCCUCCUCGGAGACUCCUCUGGAAAUGUAACCCACAACUCCAAGGACUCUUAAAAGCAUCAGGGGACAGAAUCCAGAGGCUUGUGAAUAAUCUUGACAUGGAUGUUUUCAAGUUCAGCGUUUAUGGAAAAGAAUUCAUCAAAAAACAGAAGAUGAGUCCUGACGCGUAUAUUCAAGUCGCCUUACAACUUGCAUUUUACAAAUGUAAUAAAAGGCUGGUGUCCACCUAUGAGAGUGCAUCCAUUCGGCGUUUCCAAGAAGGUCGAGUUGAUAACAUCCGCUCGGCCACGGCAGAAGCCCUGGCCUUUGUGAAGUCCAUGACAGAUGAGAAGACCACUCUGAGCGAUGUGGAAAAAAUGAAGAGAUUAAGGGAAGCAAUUAGUGCUCAGACAAAUUACACAAUUGCGGCUAUUACAGGAAUGGCGAUAGACAAUCAUCUCCUUGGGCUUCUGAGGAUUUCAAAGGAUCUGAACAUGGAGAAACCAGAGAUCUUCUGUGAUGAGACGUAUCUGUCCAGUAACCAGUUCAUCCUUUCUACCAGCCAGGUUCCUACCACUGUGGAAAUGUUCUGUUGUUACGGCCCGGUGGUGCCCAACGGCUACGGCGCCUGCUACAACCCCCAGUCAGACCACAUCAUCUUCUGCGUGUCUAGUUUCCGGGAAAGCACCGAGACCAGCUCGGCCGUUUUCGCCAAAGCCCUGAAGGAGGGCCUGCUGGAAAUCAGGGACCUGUGCAAUAGAAGCAGCGCUGCUGUUUCCAAACCGGCUGAGAGCGGCCCAGGAGCCGCUCAGCCCCGGAAAUCAGGGAAGUAAGCCAUACUGAAAAGGAGCACGACCACUAAGCAGCUCUGCUCAGCAAUCUUAGACUUAGACUUUAGCUUUAGACUCACUAGUGAACAUGCCUCUAUGUGUCCUUGUCGUCUGUGCAAUAGUGUUCCUCUCACAACUAAAGCCUUAAAGUUCAUAUAUUGUAUCUGUAAACAGAAUAUACAUAGAGUAUUUAUUAAAAAUACAUAGGGUAAUACAUUUUGUUUUAAUGUGUAGAGAUCAGAAUGACUCAGUAGACUGAGAUGAACUGGUCUGCUGCCUUUAGGAAACUGAAGCCAUGCUAGCUUUAGCACUGAUAGAAAAGGAAAAAGACUGAACUGAUGGAUCCAUAUGUUUUAUUUGACAUAGUAAGUGGAACAGUGAUGUAAUAGAUAGAAGAUUCAGAAAAUAUACAGUGCAACUUAUAUAAAUCAUUACAUAGAGAGCCGAAGUCCUUACAUCACAUCCAUCCAACCUUCUAGAACAGGGGUCGGCAACCUUAAACACCCAAAGAGCCAUUUGGACC